GCUAAUCUACAACGCAUCGAUCGCGUCGUAGACUUUUGCAGUAAGGAAAAUGGACGAAAGGUGACCCAUGUUUUUGCAAUUUAAUGAACUUUUACGAUAAAAUUUUGAUUCUCAGAUCAUUUAUCUGAAUCUACAGAAAUCAUGCCUCGUUCAAGAAGCAAGAGCUCAUCAGUAGAGCGAAAAUCAAGCAAGAAAAAGCGAUCUCGCACUCGUUCCAGAUCCAGAUCGCGGUCAAAAUCGAAGGCGCGGGAUCGGGAUAGAGAAAAACAUGACAGACAUGAAAGAAAGGAGGCAGAAAGAGCUGAAAGAUCAACAAAGGAAAGAGAACGAUCGGAAAGACAUAAAAGUAGCAAAUCAUCUAGGCGUUCCAGAUCCAGAUCAAGGGAGAGGAGAAGACGGGAAAGGUCGAAAUCAAAACGGAAAACUCCAAGUCCAGAUAUAGACAUUUUCGGCAGGGAUUUGAGCAAGCGUAAUGCUCAUGAAGAAGUGCAGAAGAGACAGGAGGAAGAGAGACGAGUGGAGCUGGAAAGACAGAGAAGAAUACGACAGCAGGAGAUGGAGGCCAAGUUGAUAGAGGAGGAGGUGACUCGGAGAGUGGAGGAGAUGGUGGCACAGAGGGUGGAGGAGGAGUUGGAGAAGAGGAAAGAUGACAUUGAAGAGGAAGUCGGGAGAAGGGUGGAAGAGGCCAAGAAGAUUAUGGAGAAAGAGAUGAUGGAGGAGAUGGAGAAACAGAGAGAAGCAGAAGUAGCAGCACAGAAAGCUAAAGAGGAGGAAGAACUGGAUAAACGAGAGGCGCUUGAGAAGAUCAUGCAUGAAAAUCAGCGCAAGAUUGAAGAAGCCCAAAGAAAACUGGCUGAGGAACGCUUGGAGAUGGUGGAGAGGCAACGCAAAAUGGACGAGGAGCGCCAGGCGUUUGAGCGCGAGCAAAAGCGGCGUCACAAGGCCGAACAGGAGGUUAUCCUGAACAAAAAGAGCAGUCGCCCUAAGCUGUCGUUUGGCUUCAAGAAGACAGAUCCGCCAACGUGAGAGGGCGCCCUCCUGUGUUGAUCCCCUGUACAUGUUUUGAAUGGAGGAUGAAGUCAAAGACCAGCGGCUCUUGUGAGUAGUAACCAGUUCUGUGAAUGCGUUCUUAUCCAGGGUUUUGUAGUAGCUUAAAUCUUUACACAAUGUUUCCAUAUGAAAAGCAUGUACAUGUAGGUAGUGGUAAACAAAACAAUAAACAACAACAAACAGGGUUGUAUUACCAGUUGUAGGAAUUUGACUGUUUAUGGAAUUAUACAGACUUUUCCAUGUUUACCUUAUUAUUAUGAGAACUUGAGAAGUACACAUGUUGCAUGGAGAGAUCUUAAGGUGUUAUUUGGUUGGCUUUUAAGGGGGUUUGGGUGGAAGUUAAUUCAGUACUUAAGUUGAAUUUAAAGUAUUUGUAGUCUUUUUUCCUGAUUUGAUUGGUUUCAAGCAUUAUGAGGGAAUUCAGGAAUUAUUUUUUUACCAAAUUUUUGUUUUUGUUCAGUAUUUAUUUUGUGGUAUCACCGUUUAUAUAUUCAUAGUGAAACUAAAUCAAAAUGCAUUUUUUAUGCGGUCACUAAUUACUUCUACAUUUGCUCUCGUAACAAAAAAACACACUGAA